AUGUGCGUUAGGUGGAGGAAUGGUCGUCUUCAUUAUUCAAGCGUACUAUGGACUGGGCAAACACAAAGACACAAUCAGCAAAGCCGACUAUGUUAUCUUCGCGAAAGUCGGAUUUUUUCAGUCCAUCAUUUCCGCUAUUGCAGCCUUGGCACUUCUGAAGAUAUCCAUUGCCUUGUCUCUACUGCGUCUCAGCAAGAACAAGUGGUAUUCUCGGUCCUUAUGGGCAUUGAUCGUCUUCGUCGUGCUGUACACUAUUAUGGCCUGGUUGAGCUUCUUCCUGUACUGCACACCACUGGAAGGUUACUGGAACAAGAGUCUCAAGCCAAAGUGCUACAGCAUCAGAUUAUUCGUAGAUUUUGCCUUGGUCAACACAGGUUUUUAGCCCCAACUUUUACCUCUCUGGCAGUUGCUAAUCUUUCGCUAGCAUUCAACAUAUUUACCGAUGUCUGCUUUGCGACAUUGCCCAUUCCCAUCAUUUGGGUCUUACAGAUGAAGCUGCGCACGAGAGUCUACUUGAUUGUAGUCCUUAGUCUCGGAUACUUCGCUGUGAUCAUGGGUAUUAUCAAGACCGUCUACCAGAUUGCCCAGCCAAGCAGUAAAGAUGGAACAUUUUACCAAAGUAUUCAAUUUUGGGGAUUCCUCCAACUCAACCUCGGUAUCAUCGCUGCCUGCGCACCGGCCCUGAAACCGCUGGUCGGUCGAGCUCUGAAAAUAUCAUCCAGCCGCCGCUACAAUAGCAACAACCUUUACGAAAACCGAUAUCCGACUGGCCGGACUGGUAGGACGGGAAAUGGGACAUCGCACGCAAGAAGGCAGGGAUACAUGGAGCAAGGAAGCCAAGGCGCCCCAGAAUUCGAACUUGAAGACGGACCUUUCACUCCAGGCACCGAUUACUACAAGACGAGCGUAAAAGGAGGUAACCACCCCGCUGCUGUCGCAGUGUACAAGAAAAAGAACAGUUUUGGCAGCAGGGGGAGCGAGGAUAUGAUUCUGGAAUCCGAGUACAAUGUCAACGAUCGAGGCAUUAUGAGGACGACAGAGGUCUCUAUACAGCGAUAA